AAAGAGAGAAAGAAAGAAAGAUGAAACUGACGAGACAUUGAAAACUCCCAUCUACCUCCUCUCUUUCUCCCUCCUUCCCUUCCCCUUCCCUUUAUUUUUAGUUUUUUCUCUUUCCCAAAUUCGAACCUGCAAAAAUCCCUAAAAUCCCCAAUUUCAGACCAAUUCCUCAUCGUACGACUCCUUCCCCCUCUCUCUCUCUCUCUCUCUCUCUCUCUCUCUCUCUCUGGUUUUGUAGUCAAUUAGUAUAUUACAAAGUUUUUGUGAAGCAUGAAUUGGUUGCCUGAGGAGGAUUUCAAAGGUAUUCUCUCUGAUGAUUUCUUUGAUGAUCUCGUCGAUCAACUUGAUUGCCCACUUGAAGACAUCGAUACCACCAAUGGUGAAGGAGAUUGGGUUGCCAAGUUUCAAGACCUUGAGCCUCCUCCCAUGGAUAUGUUCCCUACUUUGCCUUGUCACCUCACAUCUUGUGCCAAUGCCAAGCCCGCCCCUCUCGGCUUUCAUAAAACUGUUCCUCCUUUGAAGCACUCCAGUUCUUCUGAAGCCCUGUCCGGCAUAAACAGCACACUCCUUCAAUCUUCACCGCCUCCUGAUAUCAAAGUCUCAAAGAUGUUUCAGUCUUUAAGUCCAGUGUCAGUUUUUGUGAGUAGUUGCGAUUCCCUCUCCCCCCAGAACUCCAGAUCCCAGGGAUUGGCUUUCCCUGUCAAAGGCAUGAGAAGCAAGCGCAAACGCCCCACAACACUGAGAUUUAGCUACCUUCUCCCCUUUGAACCCAGAAUGCCCGAGAAGUUAACUCCAGGCGAAUCAGGGUCCGAGAGUUACCAUUCUUCCGAGCAACAUGCCAAGAAGAAACGCAAGAUUCAGCUGACAACCCACACAGUGUCUUCCAGUUUUGAGGCAAGUAACUCGGACGGGAUAGUCAGGAAAUGCACUCAUUGUGAGACAACCAAGACCCCGCAGUGGAGGGAAGGACCUAGUGGACCAAAGACCCUCUGCAACGCUUGCGGGGUCAGGUAUAGAUCUGGUCGUCUAGUUCCAGAAUACCGACCAGCCUCAAGCCCUACGUUCAUCCCAUCUCUGCAUUCAAACUCACACAGGAAGAUCAUAGAGAUGAGAAGGAAGGACGACAAUCAGUUUGAUACCAGCAUGAUGCACGUGGUGAUAUCAGGAGCUUAAAGACAAGAGAGGGCAGGGCAGUUUUCAGUUUGGUCUCUGAUCCGCAGAUAUGGGAACUCAGUGGAGGAAGAAGAAGGUAUAAAAUGUAGGGAUUAGUGACUUUUCAAAAUCUAAAGAAGAGAGUUUAGGGGUUUAGUUCAAGUUAGGAAUUUUAAAUAGUGUUGGUUUGUCAUGUAUUUUAUGUGCUCUCUCCCAUUUUGCGAGCUCUAUGUUUGCAGAAGGAGAUGUUUGGCUGACAGUUGUGUAUCAGAGGAAGACAGGUGAAAGCCAAUGUUUGCUUUUUUUUUUU